AUGGUAAAUAAAACUAUAGAUGAGAAACGACCUAUAUUUAUUGGAAUAGCUCAAUCAGUUACAAAACUUUUAGAUAAAAUGGAACGUAAUAUUAUUACAAUGCGUGGAAUUCAAUAUAAUGAGACGUUUGUUGAUUUUCUUGUAAGAUGUGCAUAUAAUUAUUCAGAACCAAUUAUAUGCACAAAAGAUCAAACUAAAAUUGAAGAAAUGAUUGAAGUAGAUCAUCAUCAUACUCGGUUUGUUGGAUGUAUACAAACACAACAAACAUCUAUUUCUUAUUCAAUGACAAUUGAUGAACUUCAUCAAAA